ACAAGCUCCUUGUACAGGCAUUUUCAGUUGUGCUGCCUAGUUUAGAAAUGAAUAUGACCCUGUAAGGAGUUUUCGGUGUGUUUACGUUUCGAUUUUGGAGAUGUUGCUGUCAAUUCUUGUCAAAUGCUCAAAUGAGGUCUAACUUAUGUCAGAGUAUCCUAUUUGAUUAGGAGAAUUUAAAAUGGAUUUUUCUGCCGAAAGUGAUAUUGACUCUACAGUGACACCAAUAGAGUUAUCUCCCCAUCACAGCCAUGGCCAGCUGUUAGAGUCCGACAGUUUGUCAGAGUUGUAUCUCAGUGAUUACAACAGACAAAGUCCCAAAUUCCGAAGGAAACCACCACCUCAUAGACCAAUGAAAUCUAGCAGACAUAGACAUGACCGAGACAGAGAAGAAAGUGAUGAAGAUCAACCAGCUGUCAACAAGGAGGAUCUGGGCAACAUCUAUCAAGAACUCCAAGCAAUCAGUGACAAACUCAAAGAGGAGAACAGGAUAUUACAUGAACGAGAAGCCAAGUUGAAGGAAAGAGAGAGGAUGAUUGUCAUCUCCCAGUCCAACAUACAGACAAUAACAGACCAUGAAGUCAAACAGAGGUGGCAGGCUUUACAGCAGCAACAUCAAGAUGAAGUGGCGAAGUUUGAACAAGCCCUGAGAGAGAGGACAAAAGAAAACAAAAGAUUGAAGGAAAACUUUGAAACUUUAAAACAAGCCAAUGAUGCUCUGAAGAAGGAGCUAGAAAUAACACAGAUGCAGAAACUGAAGCUUGAGAAACAGGUCACAAGCUCCCAGGCUCGGCUGACAAACUUACAGAGGAAGCAAGAGUUUGACCAGCGACAGAGAGAGGGAGAUGUUCUCGGGUCGUCAACAGAGGUUCCAGGUAAACAGAGCAAACUCAAACAGGAGACUGAUGACAGACCAAAGCAACACAAGGUAUCCAAGGCAGGCAUGCCGGCGUAUGACAUCCUGUCUGCUCUGCUGGACUGGGUGUGUGAUGCCCAUCUCCGUCACGCUGUCACAGACCAGCCUACGCAGCCUAUAGAGAGGUUCUCUGCUCCGGACUAUGUACAGGACAAAAUACUCAGGGUGUUACCCAGCCUUGUGGAGAUCCUGAAGGAGGUGCCCCUGACCAGCUCCAAGUUCUGUCUUCCAUGUCUGCAGUUCAUCUACUGGUCACUCAUGAAUGUAGAACAAGGCCAUGGACAGCAGAAAACCAGUCUGUCGUCAACCUUGCGUAGACUCGGUGAGGAGGUGUACCGAGCUCGGGUUUCUCGGAACUCAGACUCUGAGAAAUUCCCAAGUUUGGUCCUAGACAGAGGAGACAAACAGAAAGAGGGGCUGUUCUUCCGUAGUUCCAACCUUCACAUCCGUCUACUGUCAUCUCUCAUCAUCCUGAAGACACUCACACAAGCUGACCUCCUGGCCCAGGUGUUUGACGUCCUGAAGACUGACCUCAAGUCAGAUGUAGCAAAGGAGCUGUUCUUGUAUUACCAGGCCACCCCAGUCAUCACUGUCUACCUCAAGCCUGUCAACAAGGUGUUCAUGGGUCCUGCAGUUUGUUGUAUUGGGAAAUGUAAGCUUCUGUUGUAGGUGUUCAUGUGUCCUGUAGAUUGUUGUAUUGGGAAAUGUAAGCUUCUGUUGUAGGUGUUCAUGUGUCCUGUAGUUUGUUGUAUUGGGAAAUGUAAGCUUCUGUUGUAGGUGUUCAUGUGUCCUGUAGUUUGUUGUUUUGGGAAAUGUAAGCUUCUGUUGCAGGUGUUCAUGGGUCCUGCAGUUUGUUGUAUUGGGAAAUGUAAGCUUCUGUUGUAGGUGUUCAUGUGUCCUGUAGUUUGUUGUAUUCGGAAUGUAAGCUUCUCUUGUAGGUGUUCAUGUGUACUGUAGUUUGUUGUAUUCGGAAUGUAAGCUUCUCUUGUAGGUGUUCAUGUGUCCUGUAGUUUGUUGUAUUGGGAAAUGUAAGCUUCUGUUGUAGGUGUUCAUGUGUCCUGUAGUUUGUUGUAUU